AUGGAGGAAGGAUCAGUGGGAGGAGGAAUAUUGCAAUUCAUUUAUUGUUGCCAAGUUCAUAUCAGGUUUAACACAAUGUUCGGUGAUUUCUUUUUAUUUUCACUUUCACCUACUUAAAAGACACAUGCUUGGAUUUUCCCUGGAUUGGGAUAUGUAACCUCUAUUGAGAUCUGACGCUCACUCGGACCAGAAGGACUCUCAAAGACAAAAAUUAACACAGAUAACCAGACCGAGAAAUUCAGAGGAAACCAUAAGAAGGAAAAAUGCAACACCUUUGUGUGGUACUGAUACUGGCAAUAGUCUCAGGAAUCAUCCAACAAGCAACACAAGAUGAUACAAAGGAUACUGUCACAGGCUACCUACAUCAAGAUCUGCUUCUACGAUGUGACUGCAAGGGACUUAAUCGGACAAGAGGAUUUAAGUGGCAAAUUACAAUGAAAAAAGGGUUUUGCUACCUAAACAGCGGUGGAGAUAACAACUGCACACGCCCUAUUGAGACAUUUAAAAACGUCAACAUUGACAACUGCUCCAUACGUCUGACCAGCAUCACUGAGGAAGACACUGGCACUUAUGUGUGUCUUUUUACCAGCAAAAUAUACACAAGAAAUAUUGUGCAUUUAAAGGUCAACAUGACCUCACUACCCUCAGACUCCACCAGCAGCCAAGUUCAGGAUCCAAGCCCCUCCACUGGAGCCCGCACCCAGGUGUAUUUUCCAAUCAUCGCAAUAACUGCAGUUCUUCUGCUCUUCGGCUGCAUUUUGACAGUUUUAUGCAAACAAAGAAGAAAUCUACCAAUGAUGGAGGUGAACCAGGAGUAUACCUCCUGGAACCUCUGGAGAUCAUUGUGCAAAGAGGAAAAAGAAAUGACCCUCAUAAAUGAAGAACAUUAUGGAGAACCCUGAGCAUCCUCUUCAUGAGACUGUUGCACAACAACAGAGUGUCUUCAGUCA